UUUUGUAGUGUUUCCUGGAUUACUUACUGAAUGUUUUAUUUUUCAGUUGAAACCAUGGAAAACUUGAGUAAUGCAAACAGCAGAUUUGCACUCAGUCUGUUCAGGAGAGUUAAUGAGACCAACCCAACAGGAAAUGUUUUCUUCUCUCCUGCCAGUAUUUCUGCUGCUCUGGCAAUGGUCCUUCUAGGGGCCAAAGGUAAUACAGAGGCCCAGGUGCUGAAGACACUUCAUUUUGACAAGGUCGAAGAUAUUCAUUCAAGAUUUCAGACUCUGACUACAGAUAUUAACCAAAGUGAUGCUCCCUAUCUCUUACGGCUUGCCAGUCGGCUCUUUGGAGAGAAGUCCUACAGCUUUUUGCCAGAUUUCCUGACUAAUACUCGGAAAUUAUAUGGAGCUGAUUUGGCCACAGUUGAUUUUGUUCAGGCUUAUGAUGAAGCCCGAAAGGAAAUUAACCAGUGGGUAGAGAAGAAAACCGAAGGUAAAGUCCCUAAUCUGCUGUCUGAAGGCUCAGUUAAUAACAUGACCAGGCUUGUACUGGUGAAUGCUAUUUAUUUCAAAGGGAACUGGGUAAAGAAGUUUAAAGAAGCCAGUACCGUUGACAUGCCGUUUUGGUUAAAUAAGAAUGAAAGAAAGACAGUGAAAAUGAUGUAUCAGAAAGAGAAAUUUCAUUUUGGAUACAUCUCUGAAAUGAAGACCCGUAUUUUAGAGCUGCCCUACGAUGGACAAGAACUUAGUAUGAUCAUCUUAUUACCCGAUCACAUUGAAGAUGACUCUACUGGGCUGCAGGAGCUGGAAAAGCAGCUCACCUUUGAGAAGCUCCAGGAAUGGACACAUCCACAGCAUCUGUAUUUCACUGAUGUUAAUGUGCAUUUGCCGAAAUUUAAGCUAGAAGAAAGCUAUGACCUUAAAUCAGAUUUAUCUGCUAUGGGCUUGUUAGAUGUAUUUGACAGUGGCAAGGCUGACUUGUCGGGAAUGUCAGGGGCACGUGACCUCUUUCUGUCUAAAAUUGUCCACAAGGCUUUUGUAGAAGUGAAUGAGGAAGGCACAGAAGCUGCAGCUGCCACUGCUGGCAUUGCUAUGCUCUGCAUGGUUAUGGAAGAGGAUUUCAAUGCUGAUCAUCCUUUCCUUUUCUUUAUCCGCCACAACCCAACACAAAGCAUACUUUUUCUUGGCAGAUACACUUCUCCAUAGAAGAGAACCUAUUAUCUGUAGCCCAGUUCCUGCUGCGAUCAAUGAAAGCUUUGCUCCUAAAUAAGUUGGAUUUUGAUGUAGAAAUUUAAUGCUCCUGUCGCUGAGUUUUUAGUAACUUUCACCGAGAUUCUGCAGUUCCCAUUAAAACAAACCCAGAGAAAUUGAUGAGUAUUUUUUUUUUCUUGGGAUUCUGUGCCCUGUUCUUACAGAGCAUCUUUAAUCACUAGGAAAAUCUUAACCUUAGGCAGAAGAAAUCUUCUUUUGAAAUUGGACUAGAAGUUGAAAUACUUUUGGACAUUUAAGACAUGGCAUCACCCCAUGUCUUCUUGCACAGAACACUCUGUUUACUAUUCAGGCUGACAGCCCUAUGUCAGUCACCGCUGACUGAUCCAGUCAAUCAUUGUGCAUGUGUGUUAGGAUGUACUUGCGAAGCUAUUCCUCCCUAAAGCCUUGCUCCUGGAAGAUAUUUCAAUAAAAUACUUCUUGGCACCAAAAGGCAUGCUCCUGAACAGCUGAGUUUGCCUAGUUCUCUCUUGGAAUAGAAGGUCAGAUAGCAUUUGUUUAGAGACAUCUAUUAUUAGAGAAAGGAUUAAGCUAUUUAAACAGAAGUAACCCCUUCCAGUCAUGAGCUAGAAAACUUAUAACAUUGCUCUUGAAUGAGGAGAAGGGUAGGACAUGAAUAGUAUCUUUCGGGGACAUCUUUAAAGAGAGUUUUAAAAUUUAUAGUUUGGUACUAGUUUAGUUGCUGAAAAUGUGUGAAAACGUUGGCAAGGCUCAGAAGGUGGCAGAGGUUUUAGGUGUCUUUAGGUUCCUUUCUGCAAGUUCAGAGGUUUUAACAUGGCCUAGAUUGCUUGCCAGAACCAGUGUGAUCCUCCUAAAACAUUAUGGCUUCCCGGCAGACGGCUGUAUGUAAUCUUCAGCAGCUACCUGAUGCGUCACUGCCUGUAUAAGCAUGCCACGUUUACUGAGCUCCGACUUCCACUACCUCUCUAUAUGCUAACAGUGCCUUACACCAGGGAGCCGCUGUGACUGUGUACUGUUAAUGUUCUGUGCUUAUUUCUGGUCAUUAUAUGCCCGUGUCAUCUAUAUCCUGGCUUUCGUUCCUAAUGUUUACCUGUACAGCCUCAGUUCUGAGUUGGGCACAGUCAUUUAUUUAAUUGUGAACUGUGUAAUAAUCUUGUCUU